GGAGUGGGAAGAUACAAGCAAUGCUCAGGUAACAUUAACAUCACAACAUAUGGACCAGAAAACUUGCAAGGCUAAUAUAUCUGUCAAAGGCUCCACUCACACUAAUACAUCUCAUGCUGUGGAUCUGGAGGUGAACACCAGCUUCACUCCCCAGGUCUGUCCUGCUCUCUCUGCUUCUUCCUCCCAUACUUCACUGCAGGCAGCCAGACACAAAUCCACAAGAGGAGGAAACUCCAUGCCUGGGUUCCGGGAAUUCUUUCGCCUAGACUUCUGGGAAAUGUAGUAUGUGGCACUGUGACAUCACGGGGAGCCAUCCAGGAAAUCCCAAUCAGGCUUUCUGUCUACACACGUGCUUCUUCUUCAAAGUUCGGCUAGAGUUCUGCCCUGCUGUGCAUUCCUGUUGCGUCUCUGACAUGGAGGAAAUGCUGUCCUUCUGGGAUGUGGCCAUUGAGUUCUCUGCAGAAGAGAGGGACUGCCUGGAGCCUGUUCAGUGGAAUUUGUACAGGGAUGUGAUGUUGGAGAAUUACAGCCACCUUGUGUUCCUUGGUCUUGCUGUGUCUAAGCCACACCUGGUGACAUUUUUGGAGCAAAGACAAGAAUCUUCAGAUGUGAAGAGACAAGCAGCAGCCAACAUACAGCCAGGAACAAAACCCAAUGAUUAUAACAUUUACAAGGCCAUUGACUGUAACUCACUAAUUAUGCAACGCCAGAGAAUUCAUACAAGGGAGAAACCCUACAAGUGUGAAGAAUGUGGUAAGGGCCUAAGUUCUCAUAAAGCACUUUCCAUACACAAGAGACUUCAUACUGGAGAAAAAUCCUACAUGUGUAUAGAAUGUCAUAAGACCUUCAAUACUCACGCAUCACUUUUUAUACACCAGAAAAAUCAUACUGAUGAAAAAACCUACAAGUGUGAAGAAUGUGGCAAAUUAUUUUAUUAUCCUUCAAUGCUGAAGCAACAUCAAAGAAUUCAUUCUGGAGAGAAACCCUACAAGUGUGAAAAAUGUGGCAAAGCUUUUUAUGAUCCUUCAUUCCUGAAGCAUCAUCAAAGAAUUCAUUCUGAAGAGAAACCAUGCAAGUGUGAAGAGUGUGGCAAAUGUUUUUACUCACUUUCAUACCUUAAACAACAUCAAACAGUUCACUCGAAAGACAAUUUCUGCAAGUGUGAGGAGUGUGGCAAAAGGUUUUCCCAUUAUGCAACCCUUCAGAAACAUCGUACAAUUCAUAAUGGAAAGAGACCAUACAAGUGUGAGGAAUGUCACAAAACCUUUCUUUAUCACUCAGGACUUAAGAACCACAAGGUAUUUCAUACGGGAGAGAAACCAUACAAGUGUGAAAAGUGUGGCAAAUGUGUUUGCUCAGCUUCAUCCCUUAGACGACAUCAAAUAAUUCACUAUGAAGAUAACCCUUACAAGUGUGAAGAGUGUGGCAGAUGUUUUUACUCAUAUUUAUCACUUAGAGGACAUCAAAUUAUCCAUUCUGAAGUCAAUCCUUAUACCUGUGUACAAUGUGGCAAACGAUAUUCCUGUUCUAGGGAUCUUCAGGAACAUCAAACACUUCAUACUGGAGAGAAACUAUACAAGUGUGAAGAAUGUGGUAAAGCCUUUCAUUAUCACUCAGGCUUUAGGAGACACAAGAGAGUUCAUACAGGAGAGAAACCCUUUAAGUGUGAAGAAUGUCACAAAGCCUUUUGGUAUCACUCAGGCCUUAAGAGACACAAGAGAGUUCAUACUGGUGAGAAACCCUGAAAGUGUGAAGAGUGUGAGAGGUGGUUCUUUUCAUCUUCAUCCCUUAGACAACAUAAAAAAGAAAAAGAAAUUGAUUCUGAAGAUAAUCCCUAAAAUUGUGGGAAAUGUGACAAAGACUUUGUUAAUCUUUAUAUCCUUUCUCAGCACAUAAUAUAGUUCAUAGGGGAGAGAAAUCCUACAAAUGCCUUAAAAAGUUUACUUCAACCCUUAAAACACAUCAAAUGGUUCAUUCUGACUACAAACUCCAUGAGUGUGUGAAGUGUGGUAAAUCUUUACUAACAAUUCUCAUCUUAUCCAACUCAAAUGAAUCCGUAAUAGAGAAUAUUAAGUUAAUUAUUUUGAAUGUUAACAUGAACAUUAACUUCCAAGAGCAAAAAUGCUAAGCAUGUCAUCCGAGAAGAGUAGAGACUUCUCUUUGCUGUAACAUCCAACAGUUUGUUCAAGCAAUAUGUUUGAAACUUGCCUUGAUUAAUGAGCCUCUUCUCUAACUAUAAAUGCUCCAUAAAACCUUUACCAUGCCCUAACAUUGUCCAUUGAGUGCAUGGAGUCUGAGAUCUGGGCUGUGGCAUAGUUACUGUUGUUUUUCCCAGUGGAGUCAUCCAAGCUCCUGUAAUAUCUCCCCUUGUGUGUAAGAAUCUCCGUCUCUCUGAGCUAGCAGGUUUUCACCCAGCAUCUGGCUCCAGAAUCCUUAUUGGUAAAAUAGAAGGACAAUGACUUAGUGAAAACUACAGGAAGGCUCUUAGUUAAAACUACAGGAAGGCUCUUCCAGUCUAAGGCCUCAGCAGCAAGGCAGCAGCUACAGCUGAAGAGAUAAAAUCAUCAGCUGAAGCAGAGAUAGUCUCAGGUGCAGAUGCUGUGCCUCAGAUAAAAAACAACAGUGCCCAUAGAGCAAUAAUGGCAGGAAAGUCAUGAGAAGAACCAAUCAUUUACUGAUUGGAUUUAAUGCUUAUUCCACAAACAGUAACUAAUGUGAUAUUAAUUUGGUGAUAUAUUUUUGCCUGGCUAGGUGGUAAGCCCUGGGGAAAAUUUAAUGCUGUUAUUGUAAUAAGUAGAUAAUAACUAAAUGAACUCUAGUUCUCAUCUUUAUUUCAGAGAGUCAGGAUCCCACAUUCUCAUAUUUAUCCCACAGAGUCAGGAACCCAAGUUCUCAUCUUUAUACCAGAGUCAAGAACCCAAGUUCUCAUCUUAUCCCAGAGUCAGGCAUCUCUCAACACCCACCAGAAAAUAUUAAUUGUGUAGUAGAUGGAGACUAAUACAAAAACACACAUUGGUCAAAAUGUAGAGAAUAUUAGCCUGUGGAGGACCUAAAUCUAAAAGUGUCAUACAUGUCACACAUUUUAAAAGAGGUCCCGUACACACAUCUAAAGCCAAAAGUCAGAGAAUACUGAGGGAAAAGAGUUAGAAACAAUGUCAGAGGCAGAUAUAGUAGAUGUGUGCAGUGAGACAGUAGGAAUGUUAAAACAUGUCUAGAGGCUGGAGUUGGCUCAGAGAUUAAGAGCACUGACUGCUCUUCCAGAGGUCCCCAGUUCAAUUCCCAGUAACCAUGUGGUAUCUCACCACCAUCUAUAAUGAGAUAUGGUGCCCUCUUCUGGCAUGCAGACAGACAGACAGAACACUGUAUACAUAAAAAAUGAAUCUUUAAAAAAUUAUAGAACAGUGAAACAUUGCUAGAAAAGUCAGUACCAUUUCAUGCUUGAGCACACUGUGGCUAUUAUUUCCUGGAGAACACGUACACAGGCUAAACCCCACCGUACAAUAAGCAUGGGUGCCUAAGGGCCUCACUGUGUGUCACUCAUACUGUGGAGGAGCCAUCAAUUGUCAGUAGAGAGACAGUCAAUCUGAUAGGCUUCCAGGUUCUAGUCAACUGUCCUACACCCCUCCACAUGGAGGGAGCACUUAGGAGAAUGAAGAAACAAUAAAUAAAAAGCCCACCAAGGUGGGAGAGUAAAGUGUUUUUAAGUAAGGGUAAGAAGCAAUAGGUGAAGGAAUGUGUAGAUUUGAAUAGAACAUGUAGCAGGAAUCUUACUAGGUUCUUAUUAAUAAAAUCAAACCUCAGCCAGGUAUUGGGGUGAACACUGGAAGAUCAGAGAAACAGAACAAGCCACAGCUAACCUCACCUGGCCAACUUCUCAGCUGAUCUUGUUUCCUCAGACUGGAAGCCUCUCAGUCCUCAUCCCAAAUGAAUCUCAGCUGAACUGUGCUGCUCCAAAGCCUGAAAGCUUAACCAGCCAAAUGCUUAACCAACCAAAUGCUUAACCAGCCAAAUGCUUCUAGUUUCUGGUCCUCACGCCUUAUAUACCUUUCUGCUUUCUACCAUCACUCCCCGGGAUUAAAGGCUCACUUUCUGGGAUUAAAGGCGUGAGUCACCAUGCUUGGCUGUAUCCUCGAACACAUGGAUUUCUGCCUCUGGAACGCUAGGAUUAAAGGCGUGCGCUACCACUGCCUACCCUCUAUGUUUAAUAUUGUGGCUGUUCUGUCUCUGACUCCAGAUAAGUUUAUUAGGGUGCACAAUAUUUUGGUGAACACAAUACCACCUCAAAAACAUUUAACAUUCAUGUAUUAAAUUCUCUCUAAAUAUCAUUUUAAACCUUGUUGGUUUGGGAUAUGUCCAAACUUGACCUGUUUUAGCAGUGAUUACAACACACGAGUGUGGCCAUCAUAAAGUUUCCAGAGGGUCAGCAUCCUACUGGGAAGGCGUCGUGAGGUCAAGUGAGUGGACGCGUAGAAGGGCUCAGAUGUGAGGACUAAGGAGCCCUAUGUCCUAGCCCUCCCCAUGAUUCUAUGGGUUGCAGUCUGAUUGUUUGAUGACUGUAGCUUAUAAUAAGUUUUGGUUUUACUCAAUGACUGAGCAAGCCUCAACGAAACAUUUCACUAUUUAGAUAAAAUUUUAUACUGUAUCAAGUUGAUAAUAGAAAAAUAAAUGAAUUAAUUAAUAAAAAAAAAAGAGCCCUAUAUCAAUGUAACCUCAGGAAAGAGACAGGGAUCGCUUUGAAGAGAUGAGAUACAGCCAGACUCACCUUGUAUCUUCCACUUGGCUUUGCCAUGAGUACUGUGGGAGCCCAUUUUCAGGUUCCUCGUGGCUUUACCCAGCAGGUCUGCAUAGAGAGGAUGAUUAGGAUGACGGGCCUCAGUGCAGGUGUCUGAGAUGGUCUGCACUUGGCUGUGCUGGGGGGGAGGUCUUUUGCUCUACCCCUUGGCGUCUCUAUAAAUACCCUAGGGCAGAGAUGAUCCUGGCCUGUUGAAAUAGGUUCCAGGCCUUCUCGAGACUAUCCUAUAUUUUCUAUCUGUUUAUCUCUACACUCUAAAUCCUUCUAUUUAAUAUUUCUUUCUGCUUUCACUCAAGAAAACUCUGGGGAACUGUGGGGUUGGGGGUAGCCACCCCACAGAGUACAACAGAGUGAUGAUGAACAGUGGCCUCACCACCUUCCCUUAUCUCCCUCCUACAUGCAUAGUGGUCACAGUUAUUCGUCAUUAUGAAAGUUAGGGAAGGAAUGUAACUGUCAAAUGAACUUGGUGGAUAGAAAGUUACAACAUAUCACAUACCUUCUAUCAUUGUAUUAUUCUAAGAAGUUUAUUAAUAUGUAAAUGCCAUAUGCUCAUUAGAGAAAACAAAUGAAUAACCCUCUAGAUUGCAUGGCAAAGAUAGUCUAUGCUUCCAGCUUUAAAUUUCAUCAUAGAUAAUAACAAAGAAAGGUUGCUGUGUGGGAAGGUUCUGUUUUUUAAAAUGUCUAAGAUGUAGUCAGCAACACACCUUGAACAAAAGUCAGGUUUGCUAUGUGUAUGUGAGUCAAUGUUUUCUUCCUGCUUGGAGUCUCUGGAGACCUAGUUAUUAAUUUCUUCAGAACACAGAGGGAGAUUUCCUUAUGAAUGGAAAUGACCUUAAUGGAUAUACAUUUGUUCUACAAGAGAAUGAUUUUUUAGAGUUACAGUCUGUGGGGAAAGCUUCUCAAGGUACGAGUUCAUGUGAGAAAUAUAACAAAGACACACUGUCAGGAGUAAAUAGUUUAGCAGAGACAUGCACAGGAGUUAAUAAUACAGCAAAGGCUCACACACUUAGGAGUAGAUAGAAUAGCAGAGACAGACACACUCAGGAGUAAAUAUAGCAGAAACCUACAAUCUCAGGAUUAAAUAGUACAGCAGGGACUCAUAAUCUCUGCUAGUAUUUCUCAUUUCUCUCUUUAAUUUUAAACCCCAUUAUUUUGAAAGUAAAAAAUAUUCAUAUAUGAAAAUUAACAAUACCUGAAAACUACAGUGUUGUGGAAUAUUAUUUUAACUAGGCAAAGAUGUGUUACAUCUGCUUCUGGUGUGGACUCUUACUUUAGCUGAGUAAAGGUAUGUUACAUUUGUUUCUGCUUCCUUGUUAACCAUGUAAAAAUGUGUUGCAUUUGUUUCACCUUGCCUGCCUAAGGCACCUGAUUGGUCUAAUAAAAAGCUGAAUGGCCAAUUCCUAGGUAGGAGAGGGAUAGGUGAGACUCACAGGCAGGGAGUAUAAAUAAGAAGAGAAAUCUAAGAUGGAGGAAAAGGAGAAGAGAACAAGGAAGAGGGGAACACCCCAGGGCCAGAAGCCAGGCAGCUUCCAGACAGCCAUGGAGACAGCAGGAAAGCAAGAUAUACAGAAAAAUGGGUAAAGAGCUGCGAGGCAAAAUGUACAUGAAAAGAAACAGGUUAAGUUAUAAGAGCUAGCAAGAAAUGAGCCUAAGCUAAGGCCAAGCAUUUAUAACUAGUAAGUCUCCAUGUUAUGAUUUGGGAGCUGGUUGGUGGCCCGAGAGACAGCCUGUUACACUACACAGAUCAUGAGCUUCUGUGCAGUUAGGAGGUACAUUCAGAACAAACUCUUUGAGGCAUUCACAUUGGAUUUGACACUGUCUUCACUGAAUGUAUUUUAUGCACUUAUACACCCUGAAAACUAAAAUCCACAACAGAGUUGGAAAUUGAAAAUCAGUUAUCUUAUGUUCUCUUUGACAACCCAUGUUCAUUACCUGCUUUAAAUCUUCCUCAUCCCCUAAUAUUUAAUGCUUAUUCUCUUUUCUACUUAGUAUACCCACAUACACAUUUCUUCACAUAUAUACAUAUAUUACUGUCUAUACUAACCAUAUCAGGGAGAACAAGCAGUGUAUUUCUUCAUAUGACUGUGUGAUCUCAACUUACAUACAUUACAUGUCCAUUGAUUUUUCUGUAAAUUUUGUGAUUCUCCAUUUAUAGAGUUAAAUAGUAUCCUCUUUCUGUGUGUAUAAUAAACAUAUACAUUUAUAUUUAGCAAUUUAUGUUUUUUUAUUAAAAUUUUUUUAUUCAUUUCAAAAACCAAGCACAGAUCCCCCUCUCAUCCCUCCUCCCACUGCCCUACUCCAUGCCUCCCCCACCCUCCCAUCCUGUCCUCCAAAAUGAUAAAGCCUUUAACCAACUUAUUUUCUAUUGAUAUGUUCAUGGACAUGUACAUUGAUUCAGGUUCUUUACAAUUGAGAAUUUACAAGCAAUAAACAAGAGGUACAAAUAUCUCUAUAGUAAGGUGUGAGGUCCCCUGAGCAUAGCCCAGUACUGAAAUAGUGGGGACAGUGCAGGGACUUGGGCCCUGGUUCCUGUGAUGUGAGAUCAUAAUGGAUGUGAGGUGCUGACUUGUGAGGUUCCAGGUGUCACUGCAGCACUCAUAGUCUAUGCUGUGGUAGUCACAGAAGCUACUUUGGGUCUGUGGCUCUAACCACAGACUGCACUGCAUCUGAAGUUUGUACCUGUCUCCAGCAGGCUCAUAGGCUCCAAGAUGUGACCAAAGAUUUGACUCCAUGUGGUUACCUGGCUGCCUAGUGAGCAGCAGCCAUAUAAACCUGGACUGAUUUCUGGGGUCACUCUAAGGAAAUCUUGGUUGCAGAUGCUUUCCUAUGGCUUUGAUGGUGACCAUCCUUUUAAAUGUUUAUGCCCGGUACAACCUUGCUUCCACAGUAAACCUGAGGCUUCACGCACUUAUGGCUGAACUACAUAUUCCAAGCUGGGAUAAAAUGACUCAAUUUGUCAUUUGCAUUUAUAUAAUCACCUUUUAUACCAGGAGAUAAACAAUAGUAAACUCAGUUGGACCUAGGCAGCCUGUUAGCUGUUCUUAAUCACACAAUGUCUUCUAUGGCUGUUUGUUGAUCUUUUUCUUGUCUCAAAGUCAGGGGCACUGACUCAGGACAGGAGAGUUAGAGGACCCUUAGAGAUGUACAUGCUUGGGGCUGAUGUAUGGACACCAGAUAUUACCUUUAACAGCAUAUGUUCAUAUAUAUGUAAUAUUAGUAAUAUGUAACACAGGUCUUAAAAGGUCUUAUUAAUAAAAAUAAAAAAUAAAAAAAAAACAGAGCCAAAUAUUGGGGCAAAAGCUGAAAGAUCAGAGGAACAGCAUAAGCCAGCCAUGUUCUUACUUCUACAAAAUCCUCAGCCUCAAGAAAGUGAGUUCCUAUUUCCUCACACCCUAUAUUCCUUUCUCUGCCAAGAAAUCACUUCCUGGGAUUCUGUGAUGUGUGCUUCCCAACAAAGGCAUGAGAUCUCAAGUACGGGUUUAAAGGUGUGUGCCACCACUGCCUGGCUCUGUUUCCAGUGUGGCGUUGAACUCACAGAGAUCCUGACAGACCUCUGCCUCCUGAGUGAUAGGAUUAACUGUGUUUGACACUACUGUCUUGCCUCUAUUUCUAAUCUAGUGGCUGGUCCUGUCCUCUGAUCCGCAGAUAAGUUUUAUUGGGGUAUACAAUAUCUCACCACAUCAAUACUCCAAAAGCAAUUGUUUCUAUGUAUUGAAAAGUAGAAAUAGAAAUAAGAGUAGCCAGGUGUGUUGAGGUAGAAAUCAAGGCAGAUCACAGUCGUACAGCAAAGAAAUUUCAAGGACAGAGGAAACAUCCAAUCACAGAGGAAGCUGGCUUCGAGACGUACAAAGAGCUAGACCUGGGACCCAGUAUAGCUUUUCUAACUUAAGAACCACACAGCUAAGGGACCUUCCAGCAGAGAAAAAGUGGUCCUACACCUUAGAGCCACUGUGAGUUGGGGUCUGGCCUCCCAGGCUUCUAGGCUAUGGGAUGAUUAGGGUUUCAGAAGGGUAAAGAGGUGCAGAAUGAAUGCUCUCCUACUUCCAACAUGGUACCUCCUGCUCAGGAACCCCCUGCAGCCACCCCAGGCAGUCCUCCCUGGUCUCCCUCACCUCAGGACGUGAGGACAACAAAGCAGCCCAGGUUCCAGUCUGUGCAUUUGCACUGGGUUCCUUUAAGGUAACUGGACACUCAAUAAUGGUUCAUCAAAGCCUUGUGACCUCAGGAGGAGAAGUAUCUGAGAUAACUAAUUGCAUCCCUCAAACUGUUCAGUAAUACCUGUUAUCAGAAUAGCUUAAUGGAUAGUGAGUUUCAUGGGAGUAUCACAUGUGCUAAAGGGAAGGAUGACUAGGUAUUGGACUGGAUAAGUAUUUAAAAGUUUGUCACUUUGGGGCCCAUUUCAGGCUGAGAGAUUACUGUAGGAGAGGUGUUGUGGAAUAAUCUUUUUGUACACUGUGAGGAUGUGUCUUUGACAAGGCACCUUCUGAUUGGUUUAUUAAAAGCUAAACAGUCAAUAGCCUGGACUUCUGGACAGAGAGUGCUGAGAAGAAGAAAGGCAGAGUCCCCAGGAAGAUUCCAAGGAAGCAAGACAUGGAGGAGGAUAGGUAAACACUACAAGUCACGUGAAACGUGUAGAUGAUGAGAAAUAGAUUAAUUAAUGUUAUGAGAGAUAGUAGACAAGCCUUAGCUAUAGGCUGAGCUGUCCUAAUUAAUAAUAAGUUUCCAUGUUGGUUUUGGUGAAGUGGUGGCCCAAAAGGAAAAUGCAUGUACAGAGAAGAGUCAGCACAUUCUGAGUGAACAUGACAACUGAAAGAGGCAUGGAAUGCCACUCUGAGGACCCUGGAGUUAGAACAAGUUAAAGAACACAUGGAUUUCUCCCACACCCACUUAGAUACAUUACAAACUAAAGACCCAUUUGGGUCUCUACAUUUUUGAUAGACUGGUGUCUUACAUAUGGCUAAGGAAAUAAUUUGUCUUUAAACAAAUCAGACACUAACAUGAUGUUCUAGGGCUUAGGCCAAGUUACAGCCUCAUGCAUAACAAUGAGACAUAUGCAAAUACCAAAACAAGAUUUCCACAAGAAAUGACUGAUAUUGCAGAAAGUAGGAAACUAUAGUGAGGCUACUAAACAAUAUAUUUCUCUAUAAUAGGAUAAACCACUUAUAAAAUGCAUAGAGGAAUUAAGACUGCGAACGAGAUGUCAAAGGACAGGCACAGGCUGAUAUGGAAAUGUGCUUGUCCCACAAACUUAAUAGAUGGUUUAUGAACACAAGAAUUCUUGUAAAUGUGAAAGAAGGGUAGAGGACUGAGAAGUGGUUAAGCAAACACAAAGGGAAUCAGGACAAGUUGGAUGUUAGUCAUUUAAGUAUCACCUCAUGUCCAGAUUGAUCUGUGAGGACUCUCCAGAUUCCUAUCCAUCAUGUUCAUGUAACCUCCAUGUUCCAAGGUAAGGUAUGGUAAAAAAGAUAAGUACAUCUCUAACUCACUCCCAGGACACUUAUCGCUGAUGAAGUCACCUGUGCUUUACCCGGCUUCAAACUCAGUCAUUCCAAUGGCAUGACAGUCCAUUGAUGAGAUCUCAAAUGACCUAGGAGACAAACUUCUGCUAAUGUCUGUUGGGGAAAUAUAGUAGUUGCUUCUUGAGGAAAGAAGAUACAAUCUGAAUGUAUAUAUCUCCAAACUUUGGAGGUUUACCUUGACAGUAUAAGUAGUGCUCAAUAGAAGUGUUCAUUAUUCUCUCUGUUGGGACUGUGUAUGCAAUGUGGCCAGUAGCAAUAUCCUCUGAAGGGAAUCAUUUCAUUCUGGAGGGGUCUCAUUAUCUCCUGGGAAGGAUGCAUGUGAUAGGCCUUGGGGAUUUCCCAACCUCUACAAGAUUCACAAAAAGACCUGCUGGAGGCAAUAUAAACAGUAAGGAUUGUAAAGGAGGAGACAGAUCAUCAAUGGAGCUACCUGCAAGUCAUACACUGAGCUGUAGGCAUGCAGGUAACCUGAGUUCCGAUUUUUAGUACUGCUGAUGCACGUGUAUAUGAGUUUUCCCUGUUUCUGUUUUAAUCCCUCAAUCAUUCUCCUGCUGGCAACCCCAAUAAACUCACUGAUUCUUGAA